AUGAGAAGGUCGUACCAGGAUAUAGAUCUUGCUGCGCAUGCGCACUGGAAAAUGUCAGCGGCGGUUAGUGUAGUUUUAUUGUUAAAAACUAUUUGAAACUUUUAAAAAAUAAGCAUCUGCAAUUUCUAUUAGAUUAUUGACCACAUGUUUUGUAAAGAUUGAUUUUUGUCAACUCAAAUAAUUAUUAAUAGAAUAAAAUAUUAAAUUAGUAGGCUAAAUCUGAAAAAAAGGUUACUAUUUUUAUAAUGUGCUCAUAUAAACGUGGUAGAGGUGGUGAGAAGAACCUCCGUGUCCAUGUAUAGGCUAUCUACAGUAUAGUAAUAAUAGAGGAAUAAAUAAAAAAGGUAUAAUUUGUCAUGCACAUAUUCUGCGGUUCUUCAUAUGGAAUCCAAAAACUUGGCCUUUGAGUCAGACAGAUUUCCCAGAUUUCUCCUGUUGUAAAAAAGGUGUGGUACUGGGUAAUCUCCUCCUACAUUCACAGGGAUCCAGGAAAAUGAGAUUGUCACAUGAAACUGUUACCUAGUUGACUAAGAACACCGUUUAAUAUGUUAAAGAUUAUUACUAUUUCUGAUGCUGUCCCUCCUGUGGAUGUAAAAAAAAUAUUUCUAACAUAAAACUGAGAGUUUAAACCGUAUUACAACUUAAAGUGAAGCUCUGAAGAAGGAUUUGCACGUAACUUUGAAAAUGGCAUCUAAAUCUUUUUCUGAGGAGGACUUCUCUUGUCCUGUCUGCAAGGACAUUUUUAAGCGACCCGUUUUGCUGUCAUGUACUCACAGUGUCUGUGAAGAAUGUAUUCAGAGAUCCUGGGAAACCAAAGGACCUAAACUAUGUCCAGUCUGCAGAAGAAAAUCUUCAAAAGAUUUUCCACCCUUAAAUUUAGUUUUGAAGAACCUGUGUGAGACCUUCUUAGAGGAGAGAAGUCAGAGAUCUUCAUCAGUCUGUAAUAUUCAUAAUGAGAAACUCAAACUUUUCUGUCUGAACGACCAACAGCCCGUGUGUGUGGUGUGUCGAGACUCUAAAACCCACACCAACCACAAAUUCUGUCCGGUCAAUGAAGCUGUCAAAGAUAAUAAGGAGAAAAUCCAAACUGCAUUAAAACCCUUACAGGAGAAACUGGAAAUAUUUGAAAAGUAUAAACAGAAUAUGGAUCAAAUUGCAGAAUAUAUAAAGAUUCAGGCUGAAAGCACAGAGACGCAGAUUCAUGAACAGUUUGAGAAACUUCACCAGAUUCUGCAUGAUGAAGAAGCAGCUAGAAUAAGUGCACUGAGAGAGGAAGAGGAGCAGAAGAGCCUGGUGAUGAAUGAAAAGAUUGAGAAAAUAAACAAUGAGAUUUCAUCUCUUUUACAAACAAUCAGGGUCAUAGAGGAGGAGAUGAAAGCUGAAGAUUUUUCAUUCCUACAGAACUGUAAGAGCACACUACAAAGAGCCAGAUGGAGACCGUCAGUACCAGAGAACCUCUCGGGAAUGUUGAUCAAUGUAGCAAAACAUCUGAGCAACCUGAACUUUACUGUGAUACAGAAAUUACAGAAGAAAGUUAUAUACAUUCCAGUUACUUUGGAUCCCAACACUGCUCAUUGUAAUCUCCUUCUCUCUGAUGAGCUGACCACUUUGAGAUACAAUGCAGACACAAUGCUGCUUCCUGAUAAUCCAGAGAGAUUUGAUGUGUCAAAAUGUGUUCUUGGAUCAGAGAGCUAUAACUCAGGGAUUCAUUGCUGGGAUGUUCAGGUCGGAGAAAACACACACUGGGCUCUGGGUGUGAUGAGCGAAUCUGCCCAGAGGAAAAGGAGUAUGUUAUCCAGUAGUGAAGUCUGGUAUAUGGCGUAUGUCUCUGGUGAAUACCAUGCAGUCAACACACCAUGGAAAACCAUUCUUCCUCUUUCAGUGAAACUCCAGCGCAUCAGAGUUCAGCUGGAUUGUGAAAGAGGAAAACUAUCAUUCUUUGAUUCCCUCACUAACACACACAUACACACUUUUAAUCAGACGUUUACUGAGAGAGUUUAUCCGUUGUUCUGUGUUGGCCGUAACAUUUCUCCUCUGGUGAUCUUAUCGAUAAAAUUACCCUUGUGACAAGCACUCCACAAUUCAUUUAGAAAUUAAAGGGAACGUUUCACAAGACUUUUUUAAGAUGUCAAAUAUGGUGUCCCCAAAGUACGUAUGUGAAGUUCUCGCUCAAAAAAAAAAAAACAUAUAGAUAAUUUAUUAGCAUGUUAAAAUUGCCACUCUGUAGAUGUGAGCAAAAUGUGCCAUUUUUGGGUGUGUCCUUUUAAAGGUGCAGUGUGUAAUUUUUAGAAGGAUCUUUUGACAGAAAUGCAAAAUAAUAUACAAAACUAUAUUAUCAGGGGUGUAUAAAGACCUUUCAUAAUGAACCGUUAUGUUUUUAUUACCUUAGAACGAGACCUUUUUAUCUACAUACACAGAGGGUCCCCUUACAUGGAAGUCGCCAUUUUGUGCCGCCAUUUUUCUACAGAAGCCCUUAACAGACCAUUUUUUUUACUAAGUUGUCUCCGACGAUGACAUGUUUGUCCGGUGGGGGCUACCGUAGCUUCUCUAUGUUUUUCAAAAGCGAGGGGUGAGCAGUCAACUGAGCCGUUGGUUGCAAUUCACAACCUCACCACUAGAUGCCGCUAAAAUUUACACACUGCACCUUUAAAUGCAAAUGAGCUGAUCUUUGUACUAAAUGGCAGUGCUGUGGUUGGAUAGUGCAGAUUAAGGGGCGGUAUUAUCCCCUUCUGACAUCACAAGGGGAGCAUAAUUUCUAUGACCUAUUUUUCAAUGUGGGGGAGAGAAUAGUUUCCCAAAACUAAGUUACUUGUUAGUUCUUUUUUUUUUAACAUUUUUUAGGUUGAUAGAAGCAAUGGGGACCCAAUUAUAGCACUUAAACAUGAAAAAAUGUCCCCUUUAAAUGAUUUGUGUCUGUAAACUUUACAAGUUUCUGUAGAACACAGACAAGGAGAGGUUUUCCAGACAGGGGUUACGCCUACUCCCAGACAAAAAUGCAUAUUUGAGCUGUCUUAGCUGAAAACAGCUUGCACUGACAUACAUUCACCGAAAGGAUUAUUGGGAACACCAUACUAAUACUGUGUUUGACCCCCUUUGGCCUUCAGAACUGCCUUAAUUCUACAUGGCAUUGAUUCAACAAGGUGCUGAAAGCAUUCUUUAGAAAUGUUGGCCCAUAUUGAUAGGAGAGCAUCUUGCAGUUGAUGGAGAUUUGUGGGAUGCACAUCCAUCACAUCCCAAAGAUGCUCUAUUGGGUUGAGAUCUGGUGACUGUGGGGGCCAUUUUAGAACUCAUUGUCAUGUUCAAGAAACCAAUUUGAAAUGAUUCGAGCUUUGUGACAUGGUGCAAUAUCCUGCUGGAAGCAGCCAUCAGAGGAUGGGUACAUGGUGGUCAUAAAGGUAUGGACAUGGUCAGAAACAAUGCUCAGGUAGGCUGUGGCAUUUAAACGAUGCCUGAUUGGCACUAAGGGGCCUAAAGUGUGCCAAGAAAACAUCCCCCACACCGUUACACCACCACCACCAGCCUGCACAGUUGUAACAAGGCAUGAUGGAUCCAUGUUCUCAUUACGCCCAAUUCUCACUCUACCAUCUGAAUGUCUCAACAGAAAUCGAGACACAUCAGACCAGGCAUCAUUUUUCCAGUCUUCAACUGUCCAAUUUCGGUGAGCUUGUGCAAAUUGUAGCCUCUUUUUCCUAUUUGUAGUGGAGAUGAGUGGUACCCGGUGGGGUCUUCUGCUGUUGUAGCCCAUCCGCCUCAAGGUUGUGCGUGUUGUGGCUUCACAAAUGCUUUGCUGCAUACCUCGGUUGUAACAAGUGGUUAUUUCAGUCAAAGUUGCUCUUCUUUCAGCUUGAUUCUCCUCUGACCUCUAGCAUCAACAAGGCAUUUUGGCCCAGGACUGCUGCAUACUGAAAGUUUUUCCCUUUUUACACGAUUCUUUGUAAACCCUAGAAAUAGUUGUGAGUGAAAAUCCCCGUAACUGAGCAGAUUGUGAAAUUCUCAGACCAGCCCGUCUGGCACCAACAACCAUGCCACGCUCCAAAUUGCUUAAAUAACCUUUCUUUCCCAUUCUGACAUUCAGUUUGGAGUUCAGGAGAUUGUCUUGACCAGGACCACACCCCUAAAUGCAUUGAAGCAACUGCCAUGUGAUUGGUUGAUUAGAUAAAUGCAUUAAUGAGAAAUUGAACAGGUGUUCCUAAUAAUCCUUUAGGUGAGUGUAUAUUGAAGUAUAUGAGUGCCAUUGUUUUGUCGCACACAUUGAU